CCCGAGCCCCGCAGCCCCCCGGAACGCGGGGGGAGCGGCCUGCGGGCCCCGCGGCCCCGGGGGGCUCCCGCAGCCCCGGGAACGGGGGCAGCGCCGCUGGCUGCGCACCGGGGGUAGGGGCGGCACGACCCCCGCGGCGGCGCGAUGGGGGCGGCGGCCUGCGGGAUGUUCUCAAACAACGAUGAAGCUGCGAUCAACAAGAAACUGCCCAAAGAGCUGCUGCUUCGAAUUUUCUCUUUCCUGGAUGUGGUCACUCUGUGUCGCUGUGCUCAAGUUUCCAGGGCAUGGAAUGUUCUGGCCCUGGAUGGCAGUAACUGGCAGCGAAUUGACCUGUUUGAUUUCCAGAGGGACAUCGAGGGCCGGGUGGUGGAGAACAUCUCCAAGAGGUGCGGGGGGUUCCUGCGGAAGCUGAGCCUGCGCGGCUGCCUGGGCGUGGGGGACAACGCCUUAAGGACCUUUGCCCAGAACUGCAGGAACAUCGAAGUGUUGAACCUCAAUGGCUGCACCAAGAUCACGGACGCCACCUGCACCAGCCUCAGCAAGUUCUGCUCCAAACUCAGGCACCUGGAUUUGGCUUCCUGCACCUCCAUCACCAACCUGUCCCUGAAAGCACUGAGCGAGGGAUGCCCGCUGCUGGAACAGCUCAUCAUCUCCUGGUGCGACCAAGUGACCAAGGACGGCAUCCAGGCGCUGGUGCGGGGCUGCGGGGGGCUGCGGGCGCUGUCCCUCAAGGGCUGCACGCAGCUGGAGGACGAGGCCCUCAAGUUCAUCGGCGCCCACUGUCCCGAGCUGGUGACGCUGAACCUGCAGACCUGCCUGCAAAUCACGGACGACGGGCUCAUCACCAUCUGCAGGGGCUGCCACAAGCUGCAGUCCCUGUGCGCCUCCGGCUGCUCCAACAUCACCGACGCCAUCCUCAACGCCCUGGGCCAGAAUUGCCCUCGCCUCCGGAUCCUGGAGGUGGCGCGCUGUUCCCAGCUCACCGACGUGGGCUUCACCACCCUGGCCAGGAAUUGCCAUGAACUUGAAAAAAUGGAUCUGGAAGAAUGUGUCCAGAUAACAGACAGCACAUUAAUCCAGCUCUCCAUACACUGUCCACGGCUGCAGGUCCUGAGCUUGUCCCACUGCGAGCUGAUCACGGACGACGGCAUCCGGCACCUGGGGAACGGCGCCUGCGCCCACGACCGCCUGGAGGUGAUCGAGCUGGACAACUGCCCCCUGAUCACCGACGCCUCCCUGGAGCACCUCAAGAGCUGCCACAGCCUGGAGAGGAUAGAGCUCUACGACUGCCAGCAGAUCACACGCGCCGGCAUCAAGAGACUCAGGACCCACCUGCCCAACAUCAAAGUCCACGCCUACUUCGCUCCGGUGACCCCCCCGCCGUCGGUGGGCGGCAGCCGACAGCGCUUCUGCAGAUGCUGCAUCAUCCUAUGACACUGGAAGCCCCUCCCGGCCCCGCGGGGCUGGGACACGGCCCCGGCCGCCCGGGGGACGCCGAACCUUGGAGCAAACGCCAUCCCAGUGUCAUUUGCCAGGGCCAGUGAGCAGGGCUGGGGGCCCCCUGUGAUCCCGGCGGGAUGAGGGACUGGGAGCCGGAGCUGUGCCGGCUUUUCCCCGCGUGGAUCGGCCUCAUCCCGACCCUUCCCGCUGGGAAUUCCUGGGAAUGCCCUGCGGGGAGGAGGGGAGGGCUCCCGGCCCGGAGGGAGGGACUGAUGCUGCUGCUGAGGCUGGAAAAGGAGCGGAGAUCCUUGGAAGAGAGGAGAGGAGAGAGGAGCACGCCUGGACCCUGCAGCCAUUGCACGGAAGGGAAAAUCCCAACAAACCUGAAACCCCAACGAGUUCCACGUCCUUGGGUCAGCGAGGGAGGGAAACAGCGGCUGUCGAGGCAGGGAUUCCCUGGGAUCCAGGAUUCCCUGGGAUCCAGGAUUUCCUGUGAUCCAGGAUUCCCUGAGAUCCAGGAUCCCCUGGGAUCCAGGGAUUCCCUGGGAUCCAGGAUUCCCUGGGAUCCAGGAUUCUCCCCUGUGGUCCAGAAUUCCCUGGGAUCCAGAGUUUCCCUGAGAUCCAGGAUUUCCCUGGGAUCCAGGAUUUCCUGUGAUCCAGGAUUCCCCUGUGAUCCAGGAUUCACCUGGGAUCCAGAGUUUCCCUGGGAUCCAGGAUUCCCCUGGGAUUCAGGGAUUUCCCUGUGGUCCAGGAUUCCCCUGUGCUUCCCUGCUCCCACCCUGAGCUCACACCAAGGCUCAUCUUUUCCUGGCAUCCAGCUCAGAGGUUUCCCAGAUUUUUCCCAAAUUGUUGUGGUAGAGCUUGGAAUUUCUAAUGCCACAUAUUUUAUACCCUGCCCAAAUCCUGCUUUUCUUUUUUAAUUUUUUCCAAAUUUCUGAUUCAGUCAUUUCUUAAGAUUUCCCAGCCCAAAGCAAUGAAUCCAUAAGGAAUUUUUUUUCCUGGGAGAAGCCUGAGCCUGUGAUGAGCUGUCAGGAGGAUUUUAAAGGAGUUUGUGGAGCUGCCCCCCAGGCUGGGCUCUCCUGGCCUGUGUGAUCAGGGAUUGGGUGUCCAAAUUGAUCCCGAAUCCAGCUUUUAUCCCGAUGACGAGGAUACGAUUCUCCACACAGGGAACAAUAUAUAUAGAAAUAUAUAAUUCUCAGCACAGGGAGAACAUUCUAGUCCCUGUUCCAGCCACUGUGAGUUCCCUCCUGCUGUCCUUUCCCCGAGGAAAAGCAAAGCAGAGGUUUUUGCUUGGAAUUCAGGAUUCCCUGACGGAGCAGGGGCUGGGAUCCCCCCUGCUCCCUGUCACUGCCGGGGCUCCUCCCGCCCUCCCCAGGUAAGUGUGGGUGCCCUGGGACCCCCGGGGUGGGGUUUGGACGUGCCAGGCCCAGCUCUGGGCGAGGGGGGGGUCUGUGGCUGCUUUUUUGGGGGUGUUUCAGGCAAAAUCGGUGCGGGUGCUCCAGGGGAGCCCCUGGGCUGGCCGAAUUCCAGGGGCCCGGUGUGGAACUGCUGGGCAGAUCCCGAGGGUUGGAGGGGGCAGGAUGGGGCAGGGUCAGGUCUGUGGGGGCCGUGUCCAUCAUUCCUGCUGUCCCUGCACCCGGGAGCUGGGGGUCCCCUCGGAGCUGGAGCUGGGGGUCCCCCUGGAGCUGGGGCUCCUCUCAGAACUGGGGGUCCCCCCAGAGCUGGGGGUCCCCUCAGAGCUGGAGCUGGGGCUCCCCUCAGAGCUGGGGGUCCCCUCAGAGCUGGGGUUCCACUCAGAGCUGGGGCUCCCCUCGGAGCUGGGGCUCCCCUCGGGGCUGGGGCUCUCCUCGGUCCUGGGGGUCUCCUGGUGGGGAGGGGGCAGCUGCAGCCCCAGGCAUGGCUGCUUUAGGGGCUGGGCUGGGUUUCCCACCAGGAAUUCCAAGGACAAUUUGCUGUUCCCAGCAGGAGGGUCCCGGAGCUGCUCCCCUCCAUCCCCCCCCGUCUGCGCUCGCUCUGCUGGGAGCGAGCCCAGGCUGCUGUGGUUAAAAGGAUACUGUCAAUGCCCUCCUGUAGACGGCUUUUAAUCCCUGAUAUUUAUUCAAACCCUCUUUAGCGCUGUGGAUUCUCCCCCUCUCCUUGGGCGCCUUCAUUUCCAGAACUUUCUCCAGGUUUCAGGGUGGUGACGGACUGGACGGGCGAGGGGUCACCCGGCAAUCACAGGAUUUGCACAACUCUGGGAAAAUAAUAAACAAAACCACACUUUUGUUUAGUUCCUACUGUGGCAGGGGAGAGCGAAGAGCGGGAUUUUGGAGCCAGGGCUGACUGAUCCCUUUGUAACAGAGCAGAGUUUUCCAGGGAAAACUCCGGAACACAGAACCCAAAGCAAUUUUAUUUUCUGUUUGCAGACCAGGGUGACAGCAUUAAGGUAGCUCAAACUUCUUGACAGUGUCCUUUUAAGUCAAUUAUCCGUCUUCAAAUGGACUCUUCCUGAUGUUUAUAUUUAUAAAUACCAAUAAACACCAUUUUCCAA